AUGGCUCAGGUGCUGUUAGACAGCGACGGGCUGCCUUGCGUGGCAGCUGCGUCUCUCUCCUCUUCCUCCUCAGCAGCAGGAGCAGCAGGAGGCCCCUGUGCAGCAGCAGUAGCAGGGGGCGCAGCAGGAGAUUCCAAUGAGGUGCAGACAGGCACAACGAUCGUGGCUUGCUGCUAUGCAGGGGGCGUGGUGCUAGGAGCUGACUCGCGUACAUCUGCAGGGUCUUACGUAGUGAACCGAGCAGCCCGCAAGAUAACCCGCUUGUCGGACCGCAUCUGUGUGUGCCGCAGCGGCAGCGCAGCAGAUACACAAGCGUUGGCUCAGAUAGCGCGUGUACAGCUCCAGAUGUAUAGCCAGGAGCUGCCUCGACAGUAUGAAGGUGCAGCUCGUGUACGUGUUGCUGCUCAUCUGCUUCAGAAGUUAUCUUAUGAAUAUAAAGAUGUACUAACAGCCGGUCUUAUAGUAGGUGGAUGGGACCCAGUUGAGGGCCCCCAGGUGUUCUCUAUCCCUAUAGGGGGCAGCUGUAUCCCUGUGAAGUAUACUGCUGGUGGCUCUGGGUCUGUGUUUAUUACAGCUUUCUUAGAUGAACACUUCAGGCCAGACUUAACCAAAGAAGAAGCAAUGCAACUCGUCUCCAAAGCCGUCGCCCACGCAAUCCACAGAGACGGCAGCUCAGGCGGCCUCAUCCGCCUCGUUACUAUUGAAGAGGAGGCUAUGGAGGAGGUAUGCAUCACGGGAGAUAAUCUGCCUGUAGACCCAUAA